GGUCUUUCGUAUUAAGCAAGAAGAGCUUGAAAAGAAAAGCGAUAAAAAAGAGUUAGCAACUCAACAAGUUUAAGGUCAUCGGACGAAAAAGAUAGCAAUAUCGAGAACAAAAUGACAGGACGUAGAGGACGAUGGCAUGGCAGUAGAGGAAGAUCUGCUAUGCCCUUUUCCAUAGAACAGUUUAUCUCUAAAGGAGAAACACUACCAACACCAGUUUCGCAACCAUCUUCAAGUUAUCCUCCGUUGGAGCGCAAACCUCCACCUAUUCAAAUAACCAGCGAGAUGGAGUAUCUAGUGGGAUUGAAAAGGCAUUUCACUGAAUAUAUGCGAGAGUCACCAUAUUAUGUGAAAGCUCCUGUUGUAAAUGAAGAUAUUGAACGAUACAGCGAUGCUUUUAAAGAAGAUUUCACAGACAAUGAUGAAUCGAAAUAUGAGAAGUACCAUGAUUGGAGCUUAAUGCCUGAGGAAUUAAAAGCGGUGAGAAAACGAAAACCCCGGCAGCAUACAGGAAAUAGGAAGAAAAAGGACAUGGAUAUUAUGAAAAAGUUGUCAGAAUUGGAGAAAAAAGAAAAUAUGCAAGAAGAGGAAGAUAAAGAAGAAGGGAAUGAAGAGGAGAAUGGUGAAGAAAAGGAAGAUGGUGCAAGGGAGGAGGAGCAAGAUGAGAUGGAUAUUGGGACUGAUUAUACAAUUGAACACACUGAUAAUGGCGAAAUUGAAACCGAUGAUGAAACUGACGACGUGUCUUUUGUUACAUAAAUACUUGUAUGUUUCAGUAAAAUUUUUUUUUAUAUCUUGCUCUUUUAUCUGUCAGACAUUUUCAAAGCUUUAAUCACAAGUAGAGUUGAAAAGGCAUUUCACCGAGUAUACUAUAUGUAAGAGUCGAAUGUAAAUAUGUCGUCAAAUUAUGUGAAAACUGCUGUUGAAAAUGAAGAUAUUAAACAAUAUUUUUAAAGACGAUUUCACAGAAAAUGAUGAAUCAAAAGAUAAGGGCGCCGAGAAACUGAAAACCCUUUUACUGCAAAUUUACCGUGGUUACUGCAAAUUCACUUAAAUUACGUAAGAUUUUUAUUCUUUAUAAUUUCUCACUUAAUUUUAAUUUUAUUGUUUAGAGAAAACCGAUUAGCGCGUAAGUUAAUGAGAAUGUCAAAAGAUUGUGUUCAUAUAUAUGUGACUCACUACUAAACAUAAUAUAGACUGAAUAAAUAAUAUUGGUUUAUUUUUUUUUUUUUUCUUAGAACAAAUUCUCCAUAACAUCGUUCUUCUUGUUCUUCUUCUGUUAGGCCUCUGGCUUGUGUUACACCUCUUUCAUAUUUAUGCUGAUUAUUUGCUACGAAGUAUAUGAAGCCUACAAUUUUAAUGACGAUUCCGAACGGUGGAUUUUUCGAGAGGAGUUUCUGUGAAUAAGGAUAUUCUCUGAAGAUUGUCGGCCUUUUUUGAGAGGAGACACGAGCGUAAAUAUUUGAUUGCUACCGAGAUCGAACCCGGGACUUCUGGCAUGACAGACCAGUAUAUUGUCUGCCAUGCCACUCUCGUGCUUGUUAACAUCGAUUUUUAAUUUCAAAUAACGAUGGGACAUAAAUACGUUUAGCUUUUCUUUGCUAUUCUCUCGUUAUUGAUAGGGAAGGAAAGGAUUCGUCGUAACAUGUGGAUAUACAAUAAUUCGAAGUAGGGGGCACGUAGCGUGACAAUUAAAAUAGUCUAGAAAUCACAGGAAGCGUCGGCGUGUUUUUUUAUUACGAGUAUUUCACAAUUUCUAAUAUAUAAUAUAUUUAUAUAAUAUAUAUAGCCAUAAUAAUCUGCAAUUGUAAUAAAUGACCCUUUUCUAUGAUGCCAUCGGAUAGUACAAACGCAAUGUUUCUUGGGGUGAAUGACUGGGAAAAGGGGGAGGUAGAGGGGGAGGAAGGAGUAAAAAGAUAGAGGAAUGGUAUGUAGAAUACGCAAAAAUAUCAUAGCGUUUAUAAUGCUCGUUAUGUAUACGUUAAGUUUUAAUGAUUUCAUCCCGUGUUUAUAUAUGUAUAUAUUUUUUUCCUUUAUUUCUCUAAUGAAUUGCCGACCGCGAAUUAAGCACUUUAAAAAUCCGUGUAUUAUAAGGAAACAAAAAUUAAAUCGCAGAGAGAAAGUUUUCCGAACUCCCGUAAAACUUCCAGUCACUGGAUCAUUCGUCGUUCUUCUAAGACCGAGUCCGUUAUCAGAGGAUAUCUUAGAACUAUUGAGAGAUCCGAAUUCUUUGCAAUAAAUAACCCGGAAAGGGAAAGAAAUUGCGCGAAAUUUUUCUUUAAUUUGACGCGAUGUGAUGUAAAUUUAGAAUGCGAUGGCAGUAAAUCGCAAAAAUAAUUCCGUUCAUUACUACUUUUUUUAUCAAAAAUUCGGAAUUCUUCGACCGAGUCAAAUCGUUCUAAGUUGCAAGGUCUAAUAAAGCACUUGGGAGUUAUCGCAAAUGAUUUGAACUUAAUUAUUUAUAUAACGAGCCGUAUAUCUUUCAUGCGGAAUUAUGCGUGCAAAAAAAAUAAUACAUCUUUUACAUUUCAUGAUUUUAAACGAUAUAAGAUCAAUAACAGUAUCAGAUCGAUACUAAUUGAGCCAAUUAAACUACAUGUACGGUAAUA